GUAGGUCAAGUCAGAAUUGGUAAAAAAUGAAAAAUGUGGACUUUGUUGACUACCUGUUUUCACAGUUAUUGUAGUGAAUUAAUGAUUUUUUAAAAGGUGGUUCAUCCUUGAAUGAGCAUGUACUCGUCCGGGUAUAUGGGCGAUAGCCCAGAUCCACCCUGGGCGUAUAACGGUGCCUCCCGGCAACAGUCCUUGUUCGGGGGGCCGGCUUUCCCACAAGAACUCAACCCAGCGAGGCAAAAGAACUAUGAUCGCAGAAAGAGGCUGGAGAGAAUACAGCCAUGUUGGUCCUAUGUUGAAACUGAGCAAGUUCCAACUGUACCUAGAGAACAACUCCUCGAGCUAAUGAAAGAUUUCAAAGACGAAGGCAACGCUCUUUUCCAAGAGAAUUCAUUCAAGUUAUCGUGCACACUUUAUACACAUUCUCUGACAGUCGCCCAGAUGUUAGACACACACCAUUUUCAGCGUGUUGACAAUAUGACGCUGGCCACACUUUAUGCAAAUCGUUCAGCAUGUCACUUGAAAUUGGAAAAUGACCAGAAUGCCCUUCAAGAUGCUGACACAGCAUAUAAACUAGCCCGGAACCAAUGUGAUGAUGCCAGUUCAAAAACCACUAUAAAGGCAUUAUAUCGUAAAGCACAUGCUUUGAAAGGUUUGGGGAGGUACCAGGAAGCAUUGGAAGUGACUAAACAAGGCAGUUUGCUGGAUGAAAGGAACUUUCGAGCGUUAAAAGAUGAUUUGGAAGAUAUUCUCAAGAGAAAUCGACAUCGGGAUCAAUACUCAGAAAGAGCAUCACAGCCUGAUUACUCGCAAAGAGCCCAACAACAGUACUUGGCUCAACAACAACAACAAAAACAACAAAAACAACAUUAUCAGGCUCCUCAACCCAAGAAGGCGACGGUGUCAACCAAACCGACCACGGUCAGUGCUGCAAACAACAAAGCCCCUUCCCGGCAGACGCCUCGUACAGACAACGAUAUUGAUCAAGAAUGGCUCAGUGGAACCAACUUCAAAGUGACAGAAAAAGCUAAAAAGGAAAAAAAAGAGAAGAAAAAGAAAAAAAUCACAGUGUUAAGGAGGGGAACUGCAGUGGCACCACCCAAGCCAAGGGUGGCAUCAUUCAAUAUCUACGAUGGUUUGGAGGGAACGAGCGACUCGGAUAGUGAGGAGACGGGUGAGGAAGAUGAGUGUGAGGAAGAGCAUCAAGACCCUGUAGUAAGAGAUGUAGCUGGUUUCCGCCCUGUCGCUAACAGCAGAACUAAUAAGCCACAGAAAGUGAUGGGACUCGACGACUUUGGAAUGCCUUUGGACCAGAAAUCUAUGAAUGCAAGUUCGUCAAGACCAAAACCUGUUCCAGUGAAGCCAACUCCUGUCAAGCCUACCCAAUCACCUCAACCCCAGAAACAUAAUCAACAGAAGAAGUCGCAGCCCCCAACUCUGUCACAACAAAAUGGCAUGCAAGAACAGCCCCAGCCGUCUGCUCGUUCGCUGGCUGCUGAUACAGCUGCCAGCGCCAUGAGUGGACAGAAUUACUUACCAUCACCGCACGCUAACUACCAGUUUCAGAUGGCUUGUAGUGCCUGCUUUAGGAAGGUCGGCGAUGGAUUCGAUGGGUUCAAUUACAACAAUGGCCGCCAUAACUGCAACCAGGACUAUCUCCUGAUCAGACCAACGGAGACGCUUGGCAAUACAUGGCUCAAGAUUCGGCCGAGGCCUCCUGCUAAAAGAAAUUACAUGGGCAAGUACCGCCUCUGCCAGCAGUACCAAGAAGGCAACCCCUGUCAGAUAGGAGAAGCAAAAUGUACCUUCUGCCACAGUUAUGAGGAGAUGGAAUUCUGGGAGCAUGACCGUGAUGGAUCAUUCAACAUUCAAGACUUCAUCAGUCAAAAGCAGAUGGCCGCAAUGACAGCAUCACGGGCACCUCAACCACAGCAAAGGAUGCCUCUACCGGUUUAUGAAAAUAAGUCGACGGUUAGACCGCCAACAAGCAGCCCGAGAAAGACUCUAUUGGGGACCCCGCCACCACAGAAUAACCUCAACUCAAUGGCACCUCAUCCACAGUACCAUGCCGCUCCCGGGCCGACCAUGCGACCUGGCCAGUUACCCCACCCACAGCAGUAUGUGCCCAACAACAGUGGGCCGGUUAACCAGAACUGGCAACAGAAGCAACAGAAUAAUUACAGUUAUAUGGCAUCCAGUGGUCCCAUGAUGCAAUCCUACCCAAUGGAUACUAAGCAGCUGACUCCCUUCCCAUUAUCGAAGACCCACAAUUGGAAAAUUGGGUGUGUCAAUUGCCUGAAAGAUACCGGACUUCAUGGGUGUUAUGUUUUCAUUGAGAAUGAAGUUCAUAAAUGUGGUGAGAAUGUGUUGGCUGUGAUGCGGAAGGGCGAUCGUUAUUGGCGGUGGGUGAGGGAGAGGCGGGGUAAUCACAGGAUGUUUGGCGGCAAGUACAAGCUGUGUAUUCAUUACACGAACACACCACCACGCCAGUGUCGUGUUCCACAAGAACUCUGUCUAUUUGCGCACAACACCGAUGAGCAGCUGCUCUGGACUCUGGAAAAAGAUGGCAAAUUCAACAUAACUGAGUUUAUCCUUUCGAAUCGUAGUGUUGCACAACAAAAGGGCUACAGCUUAGAACUUCUUGCCAAACACAGCGGCGAUAUGAAGUUCCUGUGCUCGAGGUGUUUCUUUGGUAACCCGCCUCGCCUCAGCGAGGAGCGGCCAGGCCAAGGCGUCUGCUACACAGCCCAGCAUCCCUGGAAGGAAAACAAAAUGAUGGUACACAUCAGAUCGAACGGUGAAUUCAUCCCAAUUGGUAAACGUCAUUUCAAACACAAGACUGCUUUUUUCAAGAUGUGCAGCAAACUCCAGUAUUGUCCGGGCAGGUUUGGAUUUGGGUGUCCAUUUGCUCACAGUAUCGUGGAGCGUGAUGUCUGGUUGGUUGAACGUGACAUGGAACUCACCCAGGAAGAAAUCAUUAAAGUACUAGAGGAUUCAGAAAUCCCUCAACCGCCCACCAUGCCCAUGCCUACAUAUAAUAACAGCUCCGAGAGUAAUUUGGCCCAGGCGACCAUGGCCCGAGCUGCAGCACCGUCACCAAGCUCCAGCUCUUCAUCCCAGAGUGAGCUCAACCUGGAGAGAGUCGGUUGGAAGAUGCUGCAGUGUCCAUUCAGGAUCAUCUUCGUGUGUGAGCUGUGCUGGAAGCAGGGACGUAAGGUUGGCAAGGAUGAGAAGCGUGAUAAGUGUGCUGGAUCAGGGCAUGACUGGGACCUCAACAAGAUUGGCUUCCGUCUGCCGCAGAAUAAAAUGAUAAGGAAACUGCCGCCAAAUUCUGAGAAAGUUUCAAGGUUUGUUAUCUGCGAGUAUUUCCAGCAGAAGAAGCAAUGUCGUCACUACCAGUGUCGGUACGCUCACACCGAGGAGGAGAAGGAGGUGUGGACUUGGCAGGUGGCUAAUAAGGUGUUGACCCUUGAAGAACUCAUACAAGUCAGCUCCAGAACACAUGCCGACAUUACCGCUGCAAAGCCCAAGAUUACCCAGGGUACAUCAGUAGUCUCUGCACAAAAAGCACCAGUGGCUACUACAAGAGGUGCACAGCCAAUCACGAAGAACCCUGCAUUCAUCCUGAACGCAUACUACUGCAAAUACUGCUCACGAACGUGUAACAGCCAGAAACAGUGGGAGGACCAUUGCUCAUCUGAGAAGCAUAUGUUCAAUGUGAACUCUGACAAGGAACAUCAGUGGAACUAUCGCCAGCCGCCGUGGGGAGUCAUGCACGGCAACUACAAACUCUGCAACAAACACUCUGUUGGCCGUUGUUGCUACUCGAACGUUGAGGACAUGCACAACAACUGCCCAUUUGCUCACAGUCAGGAGGAGCUCGACGAGUGGAAGGAGAGGUUCCAGUGGCGCCAGAUGAAGCUAGACAUGGCCAAGAAAGAGAACAUGUUCUCCUACAUGGAUACGCUCGUCGAUGAUUACGAGAGUGCUGACUCGCCCAUUUCUGUGAUUGCUGAGGAUAUUGAAGGAGCACAGAUAACCACCCAAGACCCAAUGACAGUCUACAAAGAUAACAAGGGAGAGAUGUGUGUCUGGACAUUCGAUGUGGUUGGCAAGACCCUGGAGAGAGUUUCCAUGCUCUACAACAAGGAUCGCCUCCACUUCCAACUCCUUGAUGGAGAAACACAGAAACCAUGUCAGAUGGCACUUGGUGAAGGAUUCCAGGUCAACAAGAGCACGCUAUGUUACAGUGUUAAGGUGAUGUUCCGCUCAGGGAUGUUUGGUUCAUUCAGCCAGUGGGUGGUGUUUGAUUUUGGUUCUCGACCUGUCGUCAGCCGCCAAAUCUCUGUGGAGGUUGGAACAAAAGAGAGCCAAGCAAAGGUGCAGAGUCUGAGGGAAAAACUACAGUUUGACAGAUGGACCAGUGAAAACAGACAGAUUGUACGAUUUGACUCUACCAAAAACAAAGGACAUGAAGAUAUCAUGAAGAAAUACAGACCCCCGACGUCUGCUGAAGCUGUGAUCACCCAGGAGAGUGUUGUGGUUGAACUGAACCAUCACAACUACGUCCACAAGAUGCACAAACUACUCAACAUUGAGGAGAUCACCAGGCAUCAGAUCAUAUCAAGCUACAACCUUUGUGCCACUAUUGAACUCCUGAACAUCAUCAGUGAGGAGAUGUAUAUCUACGCCCGGCCCGGUGAGCUCUUUGCGCGUGUCCCCCUCAACGAGGAACUCAGUGACGACACCGAUGCUGGAAAGCUCAUCCUCUCAAGUGUUCAGACCGUCCUCAUAGCACCUCAGAACAACUCCAAUCAAAAAGUUUACGAGGCGACGGUGGUCCAGAAAGAGAACUUUGACUACGAUGGCCGGGGGCGUGAUUACAUCUAUCUGUGCUUGUCCCCUGUCUGUUGUGGAGAGUUGGAGUUGGAGGCAAACAACACCGUGAAUAUUGAGAUCCAGUUCCAGAUGAACCGUCUGCCGUUCAGCCUCAUGCACUUUGCUGUCGAUCAGCUGAAGAAUACGGACAUCGUCUUCCCUGAUGUGACCAAGAUCAGGCCUGAACUGACAGAGAAACAUCACCUCAAACUCAGCUCCAAGGUUCUCAAUGAUGACCAAAUGAAGAUCGUACGUCAUAUCGCCGCAGAGCGUACCGGCUACACACCUCCGUUGAUCAUCUACGGACCGUUUGGUACCGGGAAAACAGAGACUAUCGCCCAGGCCACCAUGGUCUUGUGUGAGAAUCUGCCCAGUUCCAGGAUCCUCAUCUGUUCGCAGUCAAAUAGUGCCGCUGAUCUUUACAUCACGAAGCAUUUUGAUGAUUUCCGCAAACGCCAACCGCAGAUCUCCAUCAGGAGGGUCUACGCCAAGGAGAGGAGGGUCAACACUGUACAAGCAGUGGUCCUGAAGUACUGUCUGCGGUCCAAUGAUGGAAUGAGGUUCCUUGAACCAGGUUGCCAUGACAUCCAAGAACACCAGAUCGUCAUAACAACUUUGACACAGUCGCUCAUCCUGUCGCGGUACGAAGGGUUGAAGGAUCACUUCACUCACAUCUUCAUCGAUGAGGCAGGACAGGCAUUGGAGUGUGAAGCCAUCAUGCCAUUGCCACUAGCCAAUGAGCAGACGUGUGUUGUCCUUGCCGGCGACCAUAAGCAGAUGAGUCCCAAGGUGUACAGCAGUGAAUCGAAGAAGCAGUGUUUCCACCAAUCGUUGUUGGAGAGAUUGUUCAACCAUUAUAAGAAACACUCGAAGGAUGUGGAAAGUGUGAUCCCACUUCAGAUUCUCCUAACCUCCAACUACCGCUCCAAGUAUGAGAUCGUGCGGUUUAUUGCUGCCGUAUUCUAUGGUGGACCAGAUAAGCUCGUCUCAAAGAGUCUGCAGCCAACCUGUGAGAAUAUCAUCCCGAUGACCUUCUACACAGCUCAAGGUCGUGAGGUGCAGGACUCUGAUGGGACGUCUUACUACAACAUGGCGGAGGUUGAGGAAGUCACAGACCGUGCUGAGGAACUCUGGAAGAAUUGGCCCGAGGAAUGGGGAGAGCGCCGUGCUGAUGUAAUCGGUGUCGUUACGCCAUACUAUGACCAAGUGACCAAGAUCAGAGCAGCGUUGAGGAAGAGACGCCGGGAACUCGGGGACAUUGUGGUGGAAAGAGUGAACAAUGUCCAAGGGAAGGAAUUCCGCGUCUUGUUCAUCUCCACUGUGCGCACAAGACAUCUGUGCGAGACCAUGCCGAGACUCGUCUUGGAUAGCACAGGAUGCGACGGAGACUUUGGAGAUUACGGGUUCCUCUCCGACGAGAAGUUACUCAACACGGCCCUGACUCGGGCACAGUCCAUGGUAGCUGUAGUUGGAGACCCCGUAGCGUUGUGUGCUAUUGGUGACAGCAUGAAUGUUUGGCGGGUGUUCCUGAAACAUUGUCAGAACAUGAAGAGCAUCUUCCCGAAGAGUGUCACACUCGAUAACGUGAAAACUUCCGUCAUUGGGUUGAUGACGUCACAAUACGGCAGCAACAUCGUGCAGAUCAACGACCGUGUGACUGAUAAUGAGGGAGCUGAAGACAUGAUAACAGCCAAUGAUGUGAAGUAUCAUGCAGCGAACGUGAAUGCCAAUGCCGGUGUCGGUAGCAGCUCGAUCGGUGGCCCAGUAGGUGGCCCAGUGGGUGGCCCAGUGGGUGGCCCAGUGGGUGGCCCAGUGAGUGGCCCAGUGGGUGGCCCAGUGGGUGGCCCAGUCAGUCGGACCGUGCCAGAGUCACUCAAGACUGCCAUAGGGACAGUCCUAGACGACUGGAACCUCGACUAUCGCAUCGAGCCAGAUGAGAUACUGAAGCAGCUGGCCAAGGAGGUUCUCAAGACGAGUCGCAAAGCGGAGCGCUGUCGUCGUAUCGAGGAAGGCCUCGAUGGAGCAGACGAGGAGGAAGACAUAGCCUUGAAGGUCGAGUGCAUCAAUGUCAAACAGCUCUCUGGUCACGCCGUACUCUACUACAAGAAUACAAGUGCAGCAAGGCGCCACCUAUUGGCUGGUGAUGGUCACAGUUUGGAUUUCGAUUCUGAUGAAGAUGCUGAUGAUGAAGAUGAUAAUGUCGGCACGGUAUAUUCUGAAUUCACCCGUCAGCAGCUGGAGGACCUCUUGGUUCGUCAGAAAGAUCGAUACAAACUUUGCAUCGCUCAUGUCGAGAAAUCACAGAAGAUGUUUGCCGAGGUUCUAGACCGUCGUAAUAACCAACAUCUGAAGGAGAUCAAGUUGAGUAACCGACUGCGCUGCGGCCGAGCGUUUGAGAAUGAUGAGGUUGUUGUGGAGAUCUUGGAGCCAAGUGUAGAUGAGCAGAAGUUGGAUGCAGUUGAGCAGACGGCACCUCAAGGUCAGGUGAUUGGGAUUCUCAAACCUGCCAUCAACCCGAUGUAUCGCAUGUUUGUGUGUACCGUCGAGCCGUCAAACACUGGAGUCAUGGUGCCGAUAAACCGGGGCAUUCCUAAGAUCUUGAACGUCGCUGCAAAGAAUCGUCUCCAGCAAACCAAGAAAGGUCAUGUCUGUGUGUACCAAUUCACGAAAGACCGCGAGAUCAUCUUCCACCACUAUGAGAAGAUUGACAAGUGUAACCCGACGAGGAAGCUGUUCAUUGUACGCUACCUGAAGUGGGAGCCAAAGCAUUACUCUCCUCUUGGUAUCGUGGUGGGCGUGCUACCUCAGGGUGAUACCAUAGAAAAGGGCAUGCAGAUCUUGGAUAUUGAGCAUUACAUUCCAAAGAAGUUUCAUGUCGAUGCCUUGAAUGAGCUGGAGAAGAACUAUCCUCCUGAAUUCCAGCUCCCACCAAGCGUGUAUCAAGGUGGAAGGGAGGACUAUCGUAGUAAAGUUGUGUUUACAAUCGACCCUGAAGAUUGCCAAGACAUUGAUGAUGCUCUAUCAUUUGAAAUGUCCAACAAGGAGGAAUACAUAAUUGGUGUGCACAUUGCUGACGUUAGUCACUUCAUCCAGCGAGGGUCGGCUCUUGAUGCAGAUGCGUUGAACCGUGGGACAUCGUUGUAUUCUGCUGGUGCUGAGGUCAUCCACAUGCUGCCAGAGAACUUAAGCACGAAUCUGCUGAGUCUGAAACAAGGUCAGGACCGGUUGACCUUGAGCAUCUUUCUGACCGUGACCCAGGAGGGAGAGAUUGUGAGUGUCACGCCCAAGAGAUGUUUGAUACGUUCACAAUUCCAGCUGACAUACAAACUGGCCGAGGAGAUCCUCCGGGUGGAUUCUGAUGCCUAUCCCAAGGAGUUGAAGACAAGCAUUUGGAGUCUUUAUCAUUUUGGUCAGAUUUGGCGCCGCAAGAGAUUGGGGACUGCUGCGCUGUACCAACAGCUGGAUGAGGCUGAUCGUGACACACCAUACGCUCAUCAGCUCGUGUCAGAGGUAAUGAUCAUGGCCAAUCACCAGGUUGCAAAGUAUCUACGUGAUCGCUACCCGACCUGCACACCGUUACGUCGCCAGCUUGCACCCAAUGAGCUCCAGCUGGAUGAGUGGAGGAAGAACCAUGCCGUUGAAGCGCUGAACUCAGUGGCUCUGCGGCAGCCGUUCAUGCCGAGUGGCUGGGUGUGCGAGUGUGAUGGUCUGUGUGCCUGCGUCAGCCUCUCUCUGGAAGGAGACCCACUGCUUGGGAAGUUUGUUGACAUCAAGUCAGACAUCUGGCAGAAAGUCUGUGAUGCUGUCGAGAGAGGAGAAGUGGAUGCUGCCCGGAACCUCGUCAUCAUGCCCGAGAACCACCCACAGCUCUGCGUUGCCCAGAGGAAGCUCCGCCAACUGCAGGAUGCGUCAACUUACGUGUGCUCGGACCCACGCCUUGAAGAUGAUCACUGGCAUUAUUCUCUCAACCUGAUGCCGUACACGCACUUCACAUCUCCGAUCCGCCGCUACAUGGAUAUCGUUGUCCACCGGAUGGUGCUGGGCGCCAUGGAGAACAGCCAGAGUCCUUAUACCGCAAAGGAGAUCGGUGACAUUUGUGGCCAGAUGACGUCUGCCAUGCGAAGAUCUUCAAGGUACCAAGCAGUUGUUGAGAGUCUCCACCUGGGGUCAGCCCUGCAAACCAGGCCGAUGAGUGCCUUCCCUGUCGUAGAUGAGGUUGGAGACCAAAGGCUUCACCUGGCCUUCCCCGACCAGAAGGGAAUGGCAACAGCACGUACCGGUGUCAAGUUAUCACACCUGAGCAUCGCAGACAAGCCGAACUACGACGCUGAGAAGUCACGUCUGGUCGUGAAGUGGCAGCAGAGGGUCUAUGACCUGAGCCACUGGAUGGAUGAGUUAGAGCUACGCGAGAGGAACACUCCGUGUGUUGCCCUGAAUCCAAACAGAUUCGUCAUCCAGAUUCCCGCUGAGAACUGGCAGGAGAUCCUUGAAGCGGUCCAAGCCGAUGAUGCAGCAAACCUCUUCCACUAUUUCCAACAAGCAAAGGAGAUGGUGCGAGAUUUAGCCAGCGAUACGCGGUUUGCUAAAGAGGUCACAUCAGAGAUGAAGGAUAAGAUGAAGAUUGUACAGCAUCACUGCGAGUUUGAGCAGAAUAUCCAGCCCUGUCAUGUGCUCCAGGUGCAGCUGGCGAUGGAGAUCUUCAAAGGCCUUAUGGUCCCACGUAUCCAGCUCGUCAGCCUCACUCCGAGAUUCAGCUUAUGUAUUGAGCACAAGACGGAGACGCUGCGCUGUUUUGCUAAUUCGACCAUCAAGAAAGCGUCGUGUAUGAACUACAAGGAUAUCAGUACUUAUCAAAAGUCAUGGCUACCAGCGAUGGCCAUCGAAUCUGCCCAGUCCGCCAUCAUCAACGAUGAGAACUUCCUUAUCCAUAAUGUACACAUCCAGUGGAAGACGCAAGAUGCAGAGAUGUUUACUGGAAUAUUCCAGUUGCCUCUUGAUUUUUGCACAGUUCGUCACCUCAAGCUAAGUGGAGACUUGAUUAUGGGUGAUCGCAAUAUGUCAUAUGACUUCCUCUGUAUUCGUUAUCCAGGCUUAGACUUUAGUCUCGAGGCUGGUGGUGGGGCGUUAGUCCCUGAGAAUGCCAGUGGUGGCACGUGGGUUGCUCACUGCCACACGACGCAGGUAAUCACAGUUAAGGAGAAGGGCAUCGUGCAGGUUCAUCUCAGAUAUCAUCAGAGUAGUGUCAAGUUCCCCCAGCAACUCCUGCAAGGAAACGCUGUCGAUAUCUCAUGUACUGUGGAGUUUAUACCGAAGUCUCUUCCUAGCAGACGCAUGGAGAUUGCUAUUCGUGAACUACCCAAUGCCAACGCCUUGGCCCAGGAUAUUGCUCUAAUGAAGAAACCUCAAGUUUAUAGUUAUGCCCAGUCAGCUCAGGUGAAGGCUCUUUGUAAGGUGGAGGACCUCCAUGGAUUAAAGUCUCCUAAUCAAGAUCAAAUCAAGGCCAUCCGCACCGCUAUGACGCAACCUUUAACCAUCAUUCAAGGCCCCCCAGGGACAGGAAAGACUGAGACAGGAGCCCGCAUUGCAUAUUUGUACAGCCUCCUGAAUCGUCAGUUUGGAGACCUAAGUGGGGAGAAGAAAGCCAAGAAGGCUCAGGUUCUUUAUUGUGGACCGUCUAAUAAGUCUGUUGAUGUUGUUGCAGGUUAUCUACAGAGGCUUGGUGGGCGUUGCCCUCGCCUUGUCAGAGUUUACAGCGAGCGUAUUGAACGGCAAGAUUUCCCCAUCCCGGUUGAGCCUUUGUCUGCCAGGAGGCGCCAAAGUGGAGUCGAGUCGUCUGUCAAUGCAGAAAGCCAGGAUAUUGCCUUGCAUUACAUCAUACGUAAACCAGAGAAACCGUUUGCUUCAAAAUUGGCCGACUUUGACCAGAGAUUCCGUAAUGAGCCGGAGAAUGUAUCAGAGAAAGAAGUGACAGAGUAUCUGGAUUUAGUGACGAUGUGCGAGAUUGAAGAGUUGAAGAGAGCUGACAUCGUUCUGUGCACUUGCACAGCUAGUUCUGGGCCGAAGCUUCGUAAGAUUCAGGAAGAGAGGUCUGUUUGUUUUAAUCAAGUAAUCAUUGACGAAUGUGGUAUGUGCCAGGAGCCAGAGAGUAUGAUCCCCAUCGUUACAUCACGGCCAACACAAGUGGUUCUAAUCGGUGAUCACCAACAGCUCAGACCCAUUAUCCUCAGUGAUCAAGCAAAGGAUCUUGGUCUUGAUAUCUCGUUAUUUGAACGUUAUGCGGAGAAGGUUGUCAUGUUGACCAUCCAGUACAGAAUGCACAACUCAAUCGCUGCAUUCCCCUCCAAACAUUUCUAUGUUGACAAACUAGUGGGAGCAAGCGGUGACCAACAACUACCGUCAGACCUUAAUAUCUGGCCUGGUCCGACUGGUAGGAAUGCGCCGGUUGCCUUCUGUCACGUGAUGGGUAAGGAGGCUAAGUUGUCUGUGGCGUCUGCUGAGGGGAAUGAAGCAUCGCGCAGUAAUGAAGAGGAGGCAAGCCAAGCGGUUCGAUUUGCACGUACCUUGGUCGUAAGAUACAAGGUUUUACCCAAGAAUAUUGUCAUCUUGACGCAGUAUCGUGCCCAGUGUGCCGAGGUUGAGAAACGCCUCAAUGAAUGUGGUCACUCGGCAAUUAAUGUUUCGACCAUUAUUGCUAGCCAAGGUUCAGAGUGGGAUUAUGUCAUCCUAUCGACUGUCCGCUCCCUGCCACGCUGCGAGAUUGAAAAGCGACCAACAAACGGUUGGAUUCGCCGCCAUCUUGGAUUCAUCACAGAUGUUAAUCAGAUCAAUGUUGGCUUAACACGUGCCAAGAAGGGCCUCAUUAUUGUUGGCAAUCAGCACCUGCUACGAUGCGAUAAGAUGUGGAGAGCGCUCCUCGACCAUUACAACUCACAGCAGAAGGUCAUUGACGCCAACCUCUUCAUGGGCCUGCGCUAACAUCGGCUUGCUAAUCUUCUGUUCUAAGACAGAGAUGAUUUCUGGAGGGAAGAUUGAGAAAUAUUUCUCAUCUUACGGACUGCAUUUUGCAUCCCAGUUAAUAAAUGUUUUUUUUUUGCAAAUUUCUGGAUGGAAUCUGGACUUAUUAAGGAAAUUUUAAAGCUUUAUUCAAUCGAGCUUUGGAUGUGGAAUGGGCUUGAUAUUGGCUUCAGGAAUUGAAGCAUUUGCUAGAGAUUGGUUUGUUUAUUGUUGGAGUUGCUUGUGUCUAUAAAUCAUAUGUAUUCAGGCCAUUUAUAAUAUUAAUACAUGCUUUCUUGAAAUAUAUUAAAUGCCUUAUAAUUUAGUUAUUCUGAUUUUUGUGGUGACCAUCAACAUUUUAAAAUCCAGAUUUGGCUGAUACAGGUGUUGCCAUAAGAAGCUUAUCGAUAAAUAGAAGCUGGAGUUAAUUAAGAGUAGUCUUUAUGUGCCAUUGAUAGAUGUCAUUUGUUGUAAUAAUAUAGGCAAUUCAAGAAGCUUUGCCCCAAGUGGGUUUGAAUCAUUUAUGUGCUUUAUUGUGUAGGUGUUAUAGUUUGUAUUAUAGUUAUACCUGUUGCUGUUGGAGUAAUGAGAACUCGAUGAUAGAUUUAUUUCUGUACGGCUUGAAAUUCAUCUCUGUUUGGUUUUUUAAGUUGCCACACCGUCACAACAGGUCAGAGGAUACUCACUAAUUCUUUUGUCAGUUCUUUUGAAGUAAUUACAUUGUACUUUUUUUGUUGACCAUUGUCCUACAUGCACUCUCACAGAGAGUAGACUCGGCCCAAAUUCCCUUGCACAUCUAAUUUUCUUGGUGGUCAUUGUGUCAAAGAAGUGGAAUUUGCUGAUUCCUUUGUCCAUGACAAUGAAUGUAGCACCAGUUUUAACCUUUCUAAAUCGACUUAAGACAAUGUUAUAUCAUUAUAUUGCAAUGAUUAAAUGUUAAUAAGUUCGAAUUGAUAUGGUUUAGGGUGAAAUGCAUUAGACUUUUCGAGUGAGUAUUUGACCCAAACAGUGGUGGCACAAUAAGCAGUCGCAUCUUAUUCAACAUCUUUUUGAAUUUAUAAGUCACAGAGAUUAAACCAGCCUGUUGUUUUGGGCUGAAUUGGUUGCAGGCCGUCUGCUCUUGUCAGAAAUGAGUGUUUGACCCAAACUGAUGUGAAACAGAAUGCUUCAUAUCUUAGUGAUUAACGUGUCUGAUUCAUGAUGCCACCCUGUUACUCGUACCAUUCCAUCCAGUUUGACAUUGUGUGUAAUCCAAAGUUUAUAAGACUAAGUUUUCUGCAUGCCACAGGGUUUUAGAAGAAUGACAUGUCCAUGUAAUUGUACCCACAAUAAUUUGUUUACACUCAGAAGACUGGGGCGUUGGAGGUGUGGAAAGAACACAUACAACGCUGAUGAAGAUCUCCUGAGGUCUGGUCUGCUGUUAUGACUGAGGUGCAUUGGCAGAUACUGCUGGUAAAUACCAUCCAUUACUUCUGACUGUGAUCUUUGGUAGACAAUAUGUUUACUUGUAGUCGUCAUGGGAACUAGUUACUUCUCUUGUCGUAUCGUACGAAAUCACUGUUGACACACCAUGUGCAUGCACCAAAGGUGCAGCAUACAAGUAUAUGUAUCAUGACAUUAGUUUCGUGUCGGAAGAAAAAUACAAAGUUAACCUUGAAAUCGUUAGUAAAAUCCUUGCUUAAUUGGUGUUGUGAAGGUCUUUCUCUGUAGUGAUAUGUUGUCUCCCAUGGAGUGUAUCCAUGUCAUGAAGGAGUAUGGCAUUAUACAGAGGGUUUGGGUGUGAGGUAUAUGAUAUAGGUAGUCUUACAGCCUAAAAGAGAUGAAUGACCAAUGUUAAUACAUUGGUGGUGAUAUUUUCUGAUUAGACGCUCCAUCGUCCACCGAGUGUUGUGAUUAUAUUGAUUGGUGUCAGAGCCAGAGGCAAUUGAGCUGCAAUGAUUUUGAUGUCGACGUGUUGUCGUGCUCAAACUACAGUGUUUUCAGUUGCUCUCCUAUGAUUGUAGUUUAUAUGCAAAUAAACAUACUGUUCAUA